GUUGGCUGGCAAAGGGUCUAGCCCCGCCCCCCUGAGCUGACGCCAUAGCCACGUAUCACGUUUUACGUGUCUUGGGCGUGAAAGAGGAAGUUACGCGGAUAGGGCGUACUGCGGGACACUGGGAGUAUAUAAGCAGCUGUAGCGAAAUCGGUGGGCAGACGGCAUUGCGAGGCGACGGAAGUGGUCUCGUGGAGGAGGGGUGGACGCGCGCUGCCGAGGCAGUUCACUUGCGUAGCCGGGCGCCUCCGCAAGGCGCGCUUGCACUGCUUUCUGAGUGCGUGGACCAGUCCCCCCAUCAGCCGAACAUGGACUUCAGGGAAAUUCUCCUGAUAGCCUCCAAAGGACAAGGUGUCAACAAUGUGCCGAAAAGGUAUAGUUUGGCCGUGGGACCUCCUAAGAAAGACCCAAAAGUUAAAGGUGUCCAAUCAGCAGCUGUACAAGCUUUUCUCAGAAGAAAAAACGAGGAGCUCAGACAAAAGGCCUUAGAAGAGAAAAGGAGAAAGGAAGAACUAGUGAAAAAACGAAUUGAGCUCAAACAUGACAAGAAAGCAAGAGCUAUGGCCAAGAGGACAAAGGAUAAUUUCCAUGGUUACAAUGGGAUUCCUGUUGAGGAGAAGUCAAAGAGAAGGCAGGCGAUGGAAAGCCACACCAGCCAGGGAGCAGACCAAGAGUACGAGAUGGAGGAAGAGGACGAAUUCUUGGAAUACAAUCAGGCCGAGUCGGAGCAGGAGUACCAGGAAGAACAAGAGCCCCCCAAAGCAGAAAGCAAACCAAAGGUCCCCCUUAAAAGUGCCCCACCGCCCAUGAACUUCACUGACUUACUGAGGCUGGCUGAGAAAAAGCAGUUUGAACCAGUGGAGAUCAAGGUGGUGAAGAAAACAGAAGAGCGACCUAUGACUGCGCAGGAACUUAGGGAGCGGGAGUUCCUUGAACGAAAGCAUAGGAAGACGAAACCGGAGACAGAUGCAAAACUACCUCCAGCUGUAUCUAAAAAGGCACCCUCUCAGAAAGAAAGCGUGGGCACAAAACUUAACAGAGUUCCUGGGGACAGGCAUCCUUCCAAAGGAAUGCCCUUUGCUCCUCCUGAGAAGAAACCCAGACCCAGCACAGCCAGUGAGAAACAUUUAGCUUUGUCUGCGUCCAAAUCCGUGCCAGGAGAGAGGACCAAAGCAGGACCUGGCAACAGCUCCCAGCCCUCGCUCCGUGAGGGUCACGACAGACCCGUUUUCAAUGGGGCUGGGAAGCCCCACUCCAGCACCUAUUCACCAAGUGUCCCAAAGACUUCUGCUAGUGGGACUCAGAAAUCUGCUACUGAGCACAAAGCCAAAAAAUUUCCUCCUUCCCAACCUAGCCAUUCCAAACCUGGGCCCAUGGUCACUCCCCAGAGUAAAGCUAAGGGUCCAGGGGUCAGGCAGCCAGGCAGCAUGUCCAGCUCAACCCCUGGGCAGCCCAGUCCAGGGACAGCUCGGCACAUGCUUAGUUCUGGCGCUGUGCCCAGGCGCCAGGAUGGCAGCUCCAGCUCCACGCCUGCGCCGUCAGUUAGUGGGACUAAGAAGUUGCCCAAUGAGUCAAAUCCCUUUGGGCGGACAGGUAGCAGUACAAGUGGCCCUGGGCGACCUGCAAGCAGUGGAAGUGGCCCUGGACGACCCAUCAGUGGCUCAGACAGUUCCAGAAGACCUGUGGGCAGCUCUGGCGGCCCUGGGCGACCUGUAAGCAGUUCACAUGAUCGGCGAGCUGUGAGUGGCUCAGGGCCCCCUGGACGGCCAGUCAGUGGUCCUGGACGACCCAUAAAUGGCCCAGUUCUGGCUGCACGGCCUGUUACUAGUUCAGGCCCUGGGCGACCAAUGAGCAGCUUAGGACCUGGGCGAACAGUCAGCAGCCCAGGUCCUCCUGCAAGGCCCAAGUGCACCGUUGUCUCGGAAACAAUUUCUUCCAAGAAUAUUAUCAGCCGGUCCAGCAAUGGACAGAUGAAUGGAAUGAGGCCUCCCCUAUCAGGCUACAGACCUGCCCAAGGUCCUCAAAGGCUUCCCUUCCCUACCAGCUACAAAAGGCAGCGAGAUUAUGAAGAGGAGGAAGAUGAUGAAUAUGACCCCGAAAUGGAUGAUUUUAUUGAAGAUGAAGGAGAACCUCAGGAAGAAAUAUCGAAGCACAUUCGAGAAAUUUUUGGCUAUGACCGGAAAAAGUACAAAGAUGAAAGUGAUUAUGCCUUACGUUACAUGGAGAGCAGUUGGAAGGAGCAGCAGAAAGAAGAAGCAAAGAGUUUAAGACUAGGUAUGCAAGAGGACCUAGAGGAAAUGCGACGAGAAGAAGAAGAAAUGAAACGUCGAAAGGCCAAGAAGCUAAAGCGACGUUAGCUGCUGCUUUUAUUUUUGUGAAAUUCUGGGAUCACUGCUGCAAGGAUUUCCUGCCUUCAGACUGAAUUAAGUCCCCUUAUCGUUUUAGAUUUAUACUUGAGUACUCAAGGAGAAGGAAUGCAUACUGUCAUUUGCAGGCUGUCAUUUGAGCAGGAAGUAUUUUCGAAUACUCAAGGCAAAAUCUGUAGUGCAGAUGAUGGAAUGCCCACCGCGUGCUCCUGUGAAGUGAACCGUCCACAGAUGCCAGCCUUGAUCCUGAUGAGCUAUGCACUCUGAUUGGGGCCACUCACCAGGCAGCCAGUCUUUUGUUGUUCCUUUGUUACUUUAAAAGGAAAAAAAAAAAGAUUGUCUCUUGACUUAAUCUGCUGAUGUGUGAGUAGGACACCCCUCAACUCCCAAAUUCAACUUCUUUAUGAGAAACUGGCCCUUCGAAGAAUGUUGCCAGCAAUAAAGUGACCUGUCCUAAUCUAUAUGUUUGGAUUAUGAAAUCUGAAAUGUAGAGUAUGCUUUAAAUUAUCACAUAGAUGUCAUCCUUGUGGCUUUGAAGUACAAAACACAGUGGGAAUACAGUUAGUGUAUUCUAUAUUAUUCUGGAUUGGAUGCUGAGCAUUCUUGUUGAUUUAGAUAAUUAGGCAAUUUAAAAAUUUUUUCCAAGUUAAAAUACAAAUCAUAAAAAAAAAUAAUAAAAUACAAAUCAUGCCAGUAUAAGAAUAUUGUAAGUUUUCCAACUUACUGUUAUGUUGACUUUAGUGUAAAACAGACAAGGUCACUGUGCUGAUCUUAAAAAAUUCAUUUUUAUAUUGAAGAAAGAAAAAUAUUUUAUUCAGAUAUUAGAUUUAAAAGAAGAAUAGUUUAAAAAUAAGGAAGUGACAUGUGAGACUCCUCUCCACCUUAUUCUUCCCAAUCACAAAGAUAUUUUGGAAUCCCAGGGUGCCCUGUACCUCUUGAUGUUAAUGACUUUGCAUUUUUAGCUUAAAUUCCUUAGCCAAUAGUAAUAGCAAAAAACCAAAAACUAAAUUUGUGUGUAUCAAGAGCACCACCUUCUCUUUUUGCCCAUAUUGCACUUUGAUUUCAAACUAUGCACUGUGAAGAGAUUCUCCCCACCCCCGUGGCAGAACAGGUGUUUCCUGUGGGUGUUUUCCUGGGCUGUGGAACUUUCUUCAUUUUUACCCCUCUUUAAUAAUGACUUAAAGAGGGGUGACUUUAUAACACUUAGGCCUCCGCUCCAGACGUUCUGGCCAGGCUGACCAAGGAGCUGGCUCGGAGGAAGCCAAGUCUCAAUAACAGUCAGCAGCAGAAUUGCCAUGCUGUGUUGACGCUAGAGAACAUUUGUCCUGACUCUUCCGUGUGCAGAGCUGGGAGGCAGUCUACAGUAAGCUCGUGGGGACAGUUCUGCAAUAACUGUUCUGGGGAUUGAAGCCAUUGGAUGGGGAGCAGGAAUAAGGAGAGGUUGCCCUAGAAAGAAUCCUUACUGUUCAACAGGUCCUGGCAUUUUUGUAUAUUCUUUUUUUACCAUAAAGUCUUUAUUUUUCAAGUUUGGGAAUCAUAGAUGACCAUUGUUGGCCUUCUUUAGUGGGACCAUGUGACCCAAUCCUUUAAGACUAAUUCUUUUUUUUUUUGGUUUUUCUCCGGUACCGAGAACCGAACUCACGACCUUGCGCUUGCCAGGCAGGCACUUUGCCACUGAGCUAAAUCCCCAGCCCCAAGACUAAUUCAUUUUGAAUUGAGUUACAAACUUUGAAAGUGCAAGGAUUAAAGUUGAAGCCUCUGUCUUGAUUUAAUUAAAAAGAAAAAUUAAAGUA